CACAUGUUUUUGACAUUUCCGAUGGUAUGAACUCGGGUUGUAUAAACAAAAACAUUGUCGUUGUCAUUUUUAACAUAAUUUGGUUUUGUGAUUCGUCUUUUUUAAUCCGCAAAUCAGUUGCUAAAUAUUUGUAUUUAUCUUUGUGUAAUCAUUGUGUAUCGUCAUGGCAAAAUUCGAUAAUUCAAGUAAUAAUUCAUCAUUGGACUCGAUAACGAUCGUAAAAUCUGAACCGUUCGAUCAGGAUCUGUGCGACACGAAUGAAAGUAGCGUUUAUUGUGAAACGGUAUCCAGCGACUCUUCGCUACGUCAACAGGUGGAAUAUAAGACAGAGUAUACUUCGGAUACGACACGAAUGUACAAGUGUGAAGAAUGCGGUCAUAUGAACAGGAUAACACAACCGCAAGAGGACGGAUUUUUCGACAAUAGUCAGGCGAUUGAGAUCUCACAUGUAGCGUCAGCGUUUCAGGUGUCAAUUGAUCCCACAUCUAAGCAAUUGAAAAGCAACCCGGUGCCAUCUCAAUCAAACCAAAUGUUUCAUAACCAGGAAAGCCACAGCGGAAACAAUGGUGGUGUGUAUGGUGCGAAGAAAGUCAAAAGACUCAGCUAUCCAGGUGAUGUUGGUGCCGACGAAGAACUGGAAGAUGAAACGGCACAGAAAUAUUUGGCUGUCUUAAGAAAAAAAGUAAUGGAGCAACGUAAGCAGACCAGAACAUUGACACAACAGAAUCGCCGGCAACAGCAACGAAUCGUUCGAUUGAAGUCGAUGAUGAAAGCAAUUGAUAGAAAAAACGAAAAAAUGGAAAUUACAUAAUUGGAGUCAGUGCCGUAGGUAUAAGGAGAAAUGUUGAUAUUUGAAUUAAGAAAAAAAAUCUUUUCGGCUCGUUUUAAUUUGAUUUCGUUUAAUUUAA